CGCGUACCCACCUUGAUGCGGCGACGGAAGCGGCGGCGGCGGCAAAAACAAGCGCGCCUGACUCGGAACCAGUCAGUUUACAACUGCCGUGUAGCCAGGGAGUUAUGGCGGAAUAUUACAAGUGCGGCGGGCGCAAGCCCCAUUUCCAUAUUGUCCCUGUGGGUCGCAUCAGCCUGUACAAUAGCAGCACCGUCGUGAAGCCAUGCUCUUCGGGUGGCUCCGAAACCUUCCGUGGAAGCGAGGCUCGACUGGUGCGACGGCUGCUGUGCGCCGACUGAAUGCAAUGCCCACAGCUCCACAGCAUCGACAGGUGCCCCCCCGCCAUGUUCCUAUCGCAACGUCCCAUGCCACCCGCGACUUUUUCGACUCGAUGUCGGCCAACGAACUGCGACACAUGCUCCAUCGUCUCGAGGACAACUGGAGAAUGUACCAGCAAAAGAUGCCGCGCCUGUCGACGACUCUUGCCGUCGACUUGGACUCGAUGUCGUUCGUGGCCAACGAUCCCUCAUGGGCUCGAGACAGCGUCGCGCUCGAGGAGCACAUGGCCGCCAGCGAGUGGGUGUAGAUCGCAACAGAUCGACCUGCGUAUCUGUUCGUCCCGCGCGUUGUACACACCUAGCAUUGUAAACUUAUCAUUAUGGAAUAUUAGUUAUGGCCCUUUCAAA